AUGCAUCAUCCAAUCCAAAUCCAAAGAAGCUUAUUAUUGCUCUUUAACAGUGUUUUUAUCUUGCACCCAAAAACUGUACUUAUUUUUAAGAGUUAUUUCUUAGAAAUAAUAAGUGUAAUCGUGUUCCUAAAUGCUGAACAACGUCAACUACAUCGUCAUAGAUACCUCAUUGGCGCCACGAGUAAUUAUAUUAGUCAAAUGAAAAACAUGUUAAACAACAACUUCUUACAAUGGUACAAAGUCAAUCCUGGGGAUAAAAAGCAGUCCGAAGAGUUUUAUUGA